CCCACCUCAAGACUGCUGGCAUCCGUCAGAAACAGCGCGCGCACGUCUCGAGUGAGACGGACCGUUAAAAGAUGUGAUUAUAUUUUCUUUCUGUCUCCGACAGGUAUCUUUAUUUUACAGAGAAACAAAGAUGAGAAUAAACUACUGUGAAGCCACUUGCAUCCUAGUCAUUCUUCAGACGCUGUGGUGGGGCUUGAAUAGUCAAUGUGAAGAACCAAUCGAAAGCUCCAAACUCAACCUCUCGGUGACCUAUGACCUCCCUCACUUUGUGUCUGACACUCCAAUCCAGAAGCUGUUGGAAUUCAAUGGAACUGUGUACAUAGGUGCCGUCAACAAGCUCUACGCCCUGUCAAAACAUCUGAAGAAGAUACAAGAGUAUAAAACCGGACCGGUGCAUGAGAGUCCAGACUGCAAGGCGGCAAGUCCAUGCGAUGGUUGCAAAGACAUACCCCUUAACACUAACAACACCAACAUGGCGCUGCUGAUGGAGACAUUCUAUGAUCUUGAACUCUUCAGCUGUGGCUCGGUUGGGAAUGGUGUCUGCAGCCGUCACGUGUUAGAGGAUGGUCCCUUGGAUGCGGAAGUAACUUGCAUGUAUUCAAAGAAGAAAGAAGACAGUAAUCAUGGUUGCCCAGACUGCCUGGCUGGGGCCUCAGGCACUCAGAUCCUCAACGUGAUGAGUAGUGGCGUGGUGAGGUUCUUUGUUGCGAACUCAGAACCUCUUGACCCAACCGGCCCCCUUCUGCACCACACUAUUUCUGUUAGAAAGAUGAAGGAGACUCAAGAUGGCUUUGAGUUCUUUUCCGAGCAAUCCUAUAUGGACUUAGCUCCAGAUUUGCGUGGGAACUACCCCCUACGCUACGUUUACUCCUUCCAGAGUGGCCCAUACGUGUAUUUCCUCACUGUCCAACGGGAAGGUGGGAGCUUGAACGCCUUUCACACGCGAAUUGUUCGCAUGUGCUCAUCAGAUCCGGAGAUUCUACGAUACGUAGAAAUGCCCUUCGAGUGCAUUUACUCAGAGCGAAGGAGAAAGAAGCGCUCAGCACAGGUGGUUUUCAAUGUCCUCCAGGCCGCACAUGUGGCCAAAGUCGGCUAUGACUUUCAGCAAGAGAUGGGCCUGAAAGAGGGCGAGGACGUGCUGUUUGCUGCCUUUGCCCGCAGUAAGCCCGACUCGCCGGAGCCCACCGCAAGCUCUGCAGUGUGCCUUAUAUCUAUCACGGACAUCAAUAACUUCUUCAGGGAUUUCAUGCAGAAGGGUUACACAAGGAAGCUCUACCACUUUACAGGAUCAGAAGAGAAAACCUACAACCAGAGCUUUGUGGGUGAUUCCUAUGGCUGUGGGAAACAUGAAAAGGGCUACCGGCUCCAGGUUACGAGCACCAACCCACGUCGGGACUACUUUCAUGGACGGUUCCGGAAUGUUCUUCUCACUUCUAUAGCUGUGGUACCAAUUCAAAAUCACACAGUGGUCAGCUUAGGCACAGCUGGAGGGCGGGUCAUCCAGGUGGUGGUUUCCCGCUUUGGCAAGACCGAGCCGCAUGUCGAUUUCCGCUUGGACACGCUCCCUGUGUCUGCAGAGAUGGCCCUGCUGUCUCCACAGCGUCAGGACGGCUCCUUAUUGUUGGUGACAGGAAACAAGGUUACUAAGGUUCCUCUGAUAGGCCCUGGCUGUGAACAGUUGUGGUCCUGUAGCUCUUGUCUCCUGGCUCCAGCCUUCAUGGGCUGUGGAUGGUGUAAGACUGCAGAUCGCUGCACAAGGGCUCCUCAUUGCUCCCUCUCCCAUUGGAUCCAGGACUUCUGCCCCCUCCUCAUCACCAAGAUUUCUCCUUCCUCUGCUCCGCUCGGAGGCCACAGCAAUGUGACAAUCUGUGGCAAAAACUUUGGUUUUAAUAAGAAAGACCGCUUUGAUACCAAGCUGAUCGAGGUGAUGGUUGCUGGAACAAAGUGUAAAUUGGAAAGGAAAGACAGUAGCAGUAAUCGGUUGGUCUGCGGACUCGAUCAUGUGAAUGACGCAUCCAACGUUGACUCUGCGGUCAGGGUGCGCAGUGGCAAGGAAGAAGCUAAGAAAGACGGUUUCUCAUUUGUGAACCCAGUUAUCAUAGAGAUCUUCCCAGAGUUUGGACCCAAGUCUGGAGGAACGGUGCUUACUAUCAGGGGUUCAUUCCUGGACAGUGGAAAUGUGCAACUGGUUACCAUGGGAAAUGCUACCUGUGUGCUACAGAGUGUAUCAGCCACAAUGCUGACAUGUCGGACUCCACCUCAGCCAUCACAGUCUGAACAAAACAAGGUACUGCUGCACAUCGAUGGAGUGAUCCGUGAAGCUCCCGUCAUCUACACCUACAAUAAGAACCCACACAUCUCCAGUGUCCAGCCUAAGCAUUCCUUCAUCAGUGGAGGAAGCACAGUGACAGUGAAUGGUAUGUUCCUCAGAUCAGCCCUUCAACCUCAGAUGGUUCUCACCGCCAUCACAGAGGGCAAAGUCUUCCAAGUGACCUGCAGCCACGAUGAGGACAAGCAAAAUAUCCUGUGUAUCACUCCUUCCCUGAAGGGCCUCAAUGUUCAGCCUCCUGUUGCCACGAAAAUGACCUUUGUACUAGAUGGUUUCUCCACCGAUCAAUACGACCUAUUGUAUGUGGAGGAUCCCAAGUUCGAGGAGUUUCAGAAGCCCACCGUUAUACCAAGAGGCAACAAGAGUAUUCUGGAGAUUAAGGUCCCUCCUGUGAAUCAAGAGGCAGUGAAAAAUGGAGAGGUGCUGAGAGUUUCAAACCGGACCUGUGAGAGCGUCACUCUGGUGGGUGACACGCUUGAAUGCACCGUGCCAAUGGAGCUCCAGACAGCCACUAAAGAGCUGGAGGUGGAGUGGAAGCAGGCCACAUCCUCUGUGAUCCUGGGUCGUGUGAUAUUGGCUCAGGACCAGGACUAUAGGAUACUGAUCACAGGAGGCGUCUGUGUAUCCAUCUUAUUGCUGCUCCUGAUUGGAAUCUUUGUUUGGAUCAAGAGGAAGAAGCAUAUUGAUGAUUUAGCUAAGGCUAUGGUUUGGUAUGACGGCCGGGCUCACAUUCCGCACUUGGACAUGUUGGCAAACGCGAGGAGUGUCAGUCCGACUAAUGAAAUGGUCUCUCAUGAGUCGGUGGACUAUAGAACCACUUUGCUUGAGGACCAAAACUUACCUCUGUCGCAGACAGAGUCUUGCCGGCCGCAUCUCUAUGCCCAUACCCAUGUGGAUCUGUCUCCCAUGCUCGGGGCAAUGGAAGGGGACCUGGCGUCUCCGCUGUUGCCAACUAAUGCACCCAUAGAUUUGGGCAGCCUCCACCCUGAGUUGCUGAAGGAGGUUCAGCAUGUGGUCAUUGCCCGGGAAGAUCUGCUCCUGCAUGUGAAUGAGAUCAUCGGGAGAGGGCACUUUGGCUGUGUGUUCCAUGGAACACUGCUCGAACCAGAUGGUCAAAAGCAGCACUGCGCCAUCAAGUCCUUAAACCGAAUCACUGAUAUUGAGGAAGUAUCUCAAUUCCUGAAGGAGGGCAUCAUCAUGAAAGAUUUCAGCCAUCCCAAUGUGCUCUCUCUGCUGGGAAUAUGCCUGCCCAGCGAGGGCUCACCUCUUGUUGUGUUGCCGUACAUGAAACACGGUGAUCUGCGCAACUUUAUCAGAGACGAGACUCACAACCCCACAGUGAAGGAUCUGAUGGGUUUUGGGCUACAGGUGGCUAAAGGAAUGGAAUAUCUUGCCAGCAAGAAGUUUGUACACAGAGACCUUGCAGCCAGAAACUGCAUGCUGGAUGAGAGCUACACAGUAAAGGUGGCUGAUUUUGGUCUGGCCAGAGAUGUGUAUGAUAAAGAAUACUACAGUGUGCACAACAAACAUGGGGUGAAGCUGCCCGUCAAAUGGAUGGCAUUAGAAAGUCUUCAAACACACAAGUUCACCACCAAAUCAGAUGUGUGGUCGUUUGGCGUGUUGCUAUGGGAACUCAUGACCCGGGGUGCCCCACCUUACUCUGAUGUGAACUCCUUUGACAUCACAGUCUUCCUCCUUCAAGGUCGAAGACUACUACAGCCAGAGUUUUGCCCAGAUGCACUAUACAACGUAAUGAUCGAGUGCUGGCACCCUAAACCAGAGCGCCGCCCCACUUUCUCAGAGCUAGUGUCCCGCAUUGCUGCUAUCUUCUCCAGCUUCAGCGGCGAGCACUACAUCCUCCUCAACACAACCUAUGUCAACAUCGAUAAGAUGACACCCUACCCCUCUCUCAUCUCCUCUCAGAGUAACCUGGACCGCGACUGCUGCACCUGAAAGAAAAGGACCAGACAGAGGGAGGGACAGAGAGAGAGGGAGAGGAAAAGGACUUAUUUGCUGUUUCUGAAAGACACUGGACUCACUGCCAGGGAUAGCUUUCAUCAUUAAUAGAGGAGGAUAGCUGCCCAAGGACACUGUGAAAGACUUAAAAGGCACAAACACUCCCUUAAUCACUGUAAAUAGAUUAUGACGAACAGUGACCUGUGGAGUUGAGGUUCUCCACUCAAGCAUGAGAUGGUAGUGCUCCCCUGGGACAGAGACUGAACUGCACCUGUAGCAAGUCCAGGCUUAGAUUGACAGCCUAGAGCGGUUGCUGUAGUAAAAACCAUUGUUUCAAUGGUGGAGUGUCUAUGUAAGGGUUUUUUUUUUUUGAAAGACUUCAGUGAGCAUUUGCUCAUUGAUCAAUUGUCACCCCAUUUUGGUUUCAUCUGUUCAUUGUACAGUUGUAUUCAGAUGCUUCUUGAAGUCUGUGCCCAUCUGAUUCAUUAAUACUUUUAGAAGACGCUGUCCUACCAAACGACUACAAGACCAUUUCUGAUUGCUCAAUCAAGAAAAGCUUCAGUUGCAUUGUGCUCUCUGGGGUAACUUAGUGUAUGUUGUUCAUUUUAUUUUCUGUGAAAAAUGUAAUAUAACGUUGUGCAUGCAUUCGUACUAUGAACUGAACGCAGCAUAAUGAUGAAGUUAUCAUUGGAACACUGGACAGGUUACAUGUGAAAUUUGCCCUUAAACCUGUCAAUGUUCUUUUGUGGCUGUGUACUUCAGGAAAAGGGCAUUCAUUGACCCUUUGCUAAGUUCCGCCCCCCUUGAUUACCGCUGCUCAUGUAACUGGUCCUGUUCGACCUGCUCCACGCGGUAUUUUAACCGGCGUCUCCGGCAUGGGAGGCGGGCAUGCUAACGAAGAGGCUAAAGGCUACAGCCUCUAGCGUCAGUCACUAGUGUGCCUCUUGAGGCCAGGGGAGUGAGGUUUACAUAUUGCACAGCUACCUAGCAGCUGGCUCCCGUUACACUCGCCCCCCUAAACCUCACUCCCAUCCAGGUCACGGCACCAUUUAAACCGGUCCUGCUCGACCCGCUCCGCACAGCAUUCGAACUGGCGUCUCUUGCAUGGAAGGCGGGUGUGCUAACGUGGAGGCUAAAAGAUACAGCCUCUAGCGUCAGUCGCUAGUGUGCCUCUUAAGGCCAGGGGAGUGAGGUUUAAAUACUGCACAGCUACCAAGCAGCUGGCUCCCGUUAUACUUGCUCUGACAAGCUUUGCAGAACUUCCCAUAGGAAUGAAUGGGAGAUUGUCGUUUUUGGCUAAAUAUUCUCAUAAACAACAUUGAUAAUAUUCUUACGUGGGCUGGAACGAAGAGUGACAUUACUACUAGGCCUACAUGUAACCUACUCACCUUUUCUGCACUGAUUGUGCAGGAAAGUGCUGAAUAAAUUUGUUUACCAGAUGUUUAUUUUAAAAUAAAUUGUUAAAUUACAUAGUAAUUUGAUUGAAAACUGUGGAGACUGUGAAUCAGAAUCGAGGCAAACAAUUAUCGUCAUUAUCGUCAACAAAAAGUGUCAUUUGAUGGCGAUUAUACACCUGAAAACAUUAGUGUAAUUGGACACAACUGCUAAUAACAUCUCAUAACACACUCACUAUGAUGCUGUAAACUCUUUAUUUACUAUCGCCUUUAUUAAGACCUAAAUUAAUUAACGUUAAGUUUAAUUUAAUUUACCUUGGAGUAAAUGUAUAGGUGUCCUUCUUGAUAUUAUACAUGUUCAUUUGAGGAUGAGGAAUUAUACAGUUUAAUCCAUAGCAUGCUCUUCUCAAGAUUUAUUACAAAUAAAAUGAAAAAGAAAGAAAAAAAUUGUGUUUCCUCUAUCUGUUCCAGGUGAGGCUAUUACAAGUGACCCAGCAACAAAGUUUUUUACAUUUUGUACAUAAUUUCUAUAAAACUCUGCUUAAUACUGGUCAAACACGUAUUACUCCCGUAGACUCUCGUUGGGAAAAGCAAGCGCUUGUCAGAGAAAUGUCGAACUGCAAUAGUUGUUAAAAUAGAAUUGGUCAGAAACACUUUAAGGGCGGGUCUUACCGAAUGGUCAGUUAGACAAAUGCCUCUUUAUGAAUAAUCUGUUGCUGUUUUCUUGCUUUCUUUCUUUUGUUUUUUGUUUUUUUGUUUGUUUUUUACAACCUUGCCAUUUUAAUCUUUGCAAGAAGACUUCUAUAUUUUUAUAGAAUCUGUUUAACCUUAGUGUCAAAGCUAGCAUACUACUAGGCCUACAUGUAACCUACUCACCUUUCCUGCACUGAUUGUGCAGGAAAGUGCUGAAUAAAUUUAAAGUCAACAUGAAACAGCAUUUACAAUGAAUUUUACUCACUUUAUGUGACAUGAUUUUGAGUGAACAAGGAUAUUCAAAGAGAAAAAAGUGGGGCAGUACUUUAUUUUAUCCAUUAGGAAUUGAUUGGGUCAUGAAAAGGGGGUGUUCCCCUUUGCAUACCAGAAUGGAGCCAAGUAAUUGAAGAGAGGUUGAAAAAUAAGGGGGCUUAGUGACAUCAGCCGAAAGGUAAAUUAGUGUCAGACUCAGAGGCGGAGAGAGAAUUACAUUUUGAUGAAAGAUCGCAGACGAAUAUUUCCUUUGGAAUAAUGUGGAUGGAUUAAUUGUUCUCAAAAAGACCAGGAAUGUGCAUUAAAGGUGCACUCAGUAAUUUUUUCCUCAUGUAAAAAGUUUUACUUUAAAGAAAUUAAUUGUAAUUUUGAAACGUAUGUAUAAAAUCAUGAGAACACACAUGAGAUUGAGGCUCCAGUCAUAUAAGUAAAAGCUGUUUUAUUCUACAUGGAGAGGGUCUCCUUAUGGGGGCUGCCAUGUUAGAAGCACUUGACCAUAUGAUUACUACUACCAUAUAAUUACGUUAUUAGACAUGUUCACUCAGGGAUUAAAUUAAUCCUGGCUGACUGUGAAUUGUGAACUUCUGCAAUGGCAUCGACAACUGAAAACUAUUGCGUUUGAAUAAUGCUGCAUCCAAGCCACAAAGUGUCAGUGUAAGACCAAGAUGACAUAUUUAAAAAACUGCUGAGUGCGUCUUUAAGAAAGUACUGUAUUCAUGUUGACUUUAAUAUGGUUAAAUGGAGCACAGAGGACUUAAUUAUUAGUAUCAGAUUUGCCAAAACAUUAAUAAACAAGAGGUGUCUGUAGAACUAUGUGAAUGACAGUAACAGAUUACAUGCAGGCCUGGAAAUUGCUUUGUAGGGAAGAUGACAAUGAAUGUGUGUUGCCAUAUUGGACUACUGGUUGAUGUAAAUAAUUUUUCUCACUACCCUUCUUGUCUGACUCACUGUGUGUUACAUGUAUAUAUAGCCUAUGAACACAGUAUACAAUUUAGACAGUUUGGUACCAAUCAAAUAAUUCAUUAGGUCAAUCAACAUUUCAAUUUUAUCUCUAUGCGAGCUAAAAUACUUGUGUACUUGUUACAACUGAACAAUAACAGGUUAAAUCUUAAAUAAUUUAGUAAAACACUUUAUGUUUGACCCUUUACAGUAUCUGUCUGUUUUUGUCUCCUUGUGAUGUCCCUAUAUGGAGAGAGAAAUGACUCAGAGAUGGUACAUACUGUAUUUCAAUAUUUCUGUUGUUUCAGUGACAGUAAUAAAGUUUUCA